GGUGAGUUCUGAAAAAUGAUGACGUGAAACGAUGAAGUCUCGCUGUGUUGUCACCAUCUGUUUGCACGGGAACAAAGUGCUUCAAAGCAAACAUCAUGAAAUAAACAGACGUGUCAAGUUUCGAAAAACGGCAAGGCUGCGUUGCACAAGGAUCCCAGACCCGAAGAUAUCCCGAUAACGUUUGCGAAACGUUAAACAGCGCUGUACUAUUUUACGUAAGUACGUACUGCGAAGUUUCUGCGUGAUUUGUGAAGAGUCUUGCGCAAUAUUGUACAUAAGUGCGCAAUAGUAGAGAGUCCCUCUGCGCGAGGAUGAACGUGGGCACGGCGCACAGUGAGGUCAAUCCAAACACGCGAGUGAUGAACAGCAGGGGUAUAUGGCUCUCGUAUGUGCUUGGCAUCGGCCUCCUGCACAUCAUAUUGCUCAGCAUACCGUUCGUCAGCGUUCCUGUGGUCUGGACGCUCACCAACCUCAUCCACAACUUGUGCAUGUAUAUCUUCCUGCACACGGUAAAAGGAACGCCGUUUGAGACUCCAGACCAAGGCAAGGCCCGGCUUCUGACCCACUGGGAACAGAUGGACUACGGGGUCCAGUUCACCGCCUCUCGAAAGUUUCUCACCAUCACCCCUAUUAUACUGUAUUUCCUGACCAGUUUCUAUACAAAGUAUGACAGGGUCCACUUUGUCAUCAACACCAUUUCCCUGCUCACUGUGCUUAUUCCCAAACUGCCUCAGUUCCACGGGGUCCGUCUCUUUGGAAUUAAUAAGUACUGACGAGGCUUUGAUCUUUAACACAAGAGGAUGUGUGGCCACUUACUCUCCGGGAAUAAAAAAGGGGGAAAUGUAGAGCUUCGUUGGAUGCUCUGCUGCUUUGCGGUCAAAGCGGCCGAACAGUCUGCUAUGGUAUCAUUUUUAUUGAUGUUUUUUGUAUGACAUUCAGUAGAUACAAACACGUUUGUAGAACCACCAGCAGAAUGAAGGUCAGGACGAAACAGACAGUGUUGGUUAAGAGUGUUAGGUACGCUAUUGGGAACCUUGUGUUAGAUUUCAGUCGAUUUGGCAGAAAUGCUGCAUUGAUGCAGUGAAUCAGAUGGGUCAAAAUAGGCUGAUUCUUAACUGAGUCAGCACGACCCAAUGUUCAGCACAAGGUGUUUAGAAAGAGAAAAAAGGUACUGUGUUUCUGAAGAAAGCGUACAAGGAUAUUUUUAGCACAGGUGCUAAAGACUGGCUUCCAUCGUAUAGUUGGACAGCAUCAUCAUCUCAACUUUUGCCAGACUUGUAUUUCAUGAUUUUAGAUUUUAAACAAAACUAGUUAAAUUUUAUAUAUGCACAAGCUAUUAAAAUAUUUUAUAUGUCAUUUUCAGGGCCCUAAAAGUCUCAAACCUCUGGCUCUUUUUAUAACAUGCAUUUAAUAUUGAGUAAUAAAAAAUAGCUAGUUGGCUGCAUGUAAACCCAUAGAAGAGUGGCUUCUGAUGGGAAGAACCGGUGCAAGGGAAUAUUGGAUUCAAUCUUUUUUUUUUUAUCCCUAGAAAGAAACUGUAGUUUAACUGUACAUAUGACCUUUGGACCGUGAUCUGUCUCUUUGGACUCUUGUGUACAACUCCUGAACUACAUGUGCAGGUCUGAGUGAGGAUAAAUUAAAUGUUAAUACACUUUGCCGAGGUACAGAAUAUUUCUGUGAAGCAUCAUCAUGUAAAUAAGAUGUGUAAGUGCAUUCGUUUCAGUGUGUGUCUCACAAAGGCAAUUUAAAGAAACCUAUCUGUCACAGCACAUACAGAUCUACAAACCUACAGAUUUUAGGUAGUUUAUGCAUUUUGCCUGUGAACAGCAGUAUGGACUGAUGACAGGCUCUGUGAUGUGAUCUUGCAUGACAGCACUAUAAUGAGCUUAAUGCCUAAUUAUUAAUAUAUUUCUUAAUUUUUGUACCAAAAAGUUAUGUUGGAAUGAUGUAUGGUCUGUGACUUACCCUGCGGACGUAUACCUAGAACUUACCAAGCAAGAUUCUCAAUAGGUUGCUUUUCUAAUACAGCAUUUCGUUUGUCAUAUUUAGUAGCAGUUUUAUUAUAUCAGUGUCUCAGUCAUGCUCAGUGUGGAGUAUUGUUUUAUCGCUGCCCUCUCUUCAGUUUGCGAUAACACAAUUGUGAAACAUAAUCCUGCAUACGUGGAGCAAUGCCUUAUCUAGCAGAUCACUUGACCUUGUUCUAUAUUUGUCCCUUAUAUUAGAUACGCUUGUUUAUUGUUGAUGUGAUCAGAAUUUGCAAUAAGACAUAUUAUUACAGAAAAUGUAUUUUGCAAAUCGCUUUAUUACAGUUGACGAUUACUUCAUAAUUGAUUUGUCGACGGGGUACAUUUCGCAGUUGUGUUUAAUGCAAUUGCACAUCAGCAUUGUGACAGGGCUGAUAUUAUGUGAAUUUUUUUUUACUUUUGAGCUUGUUCCUUCACCAGCAUGGCUUCAGUUCUCAUCCUUUGCAGAUGUUUUGUUUCUUGUUCGACUGGCUUCAUCAGUUGGAGUUAAUGGGACGUUCCCUGAAAUUACGUUUUGUCCCGUGUUGUACAUUUACACCGCUAUUCAAUCACGUUUAAUCUUUUGUUGCGAAGUUAAGCAUUGAGUCUUCAUAUUUUGGGAACUGUAGGAACAGCAGCCCCUGCUUUGAGAAUAUGUCGUGUUGUGGUAAUCUGAAGCGUUGCGUAGCGUGCUGUAUCUUAUCACCUGGCAGGAUGCUGAUAAUCAGGGUUCGUGCCGAGUGAUACCAGAGGCUUUCUUUCUGUUAUGGUCACGUACAAUGUCUUUCAGUUGCUGCAAAUUGUCAGUUGUAGUGCUGUUCUGCCAUCACUUGUUUGACAUUUUCUCCUGUUUACAUUCACACAGUUAUUGUGAAUGACAGUGACUCCAUUAGAAAUUCACUAGCUGCGCAAGGUUAAAUAGCAGGGAUAAUCUUAUCCUGUGACCGAUGAAGCGUAUUCAUCAGUUAAUGUGAAACAAUGCACAGUAAUGAAUGAACCCUACGUGGCUUUUUACCGCGAGCCAGAUGAAUUUAAAAUAGCCUAUGAAUUUAAAAUAGAUCAAGCCAGGAAACUGGCAUCGAUGUCCUAUAGUUUAAAGCAACAGUUCAGCCAAAAAUGUAAAUUCUGUCAUCAUUUUCUCACCCUGGAGUAGUUCCAAAUCUGAAUGGAUUCAUUUGUUCUGCCUAAAAACAAAGAUAUUUUUAAGAAAGUUUGUAACCUGACUGUUUUGGGUCACCAUUGACUUUUAUUAUUAUUAUUAUUAUUAUUAUUAUUAUUAUUAUUAUUAUUAUGGAAGUCAAUGGUGACCCAAAACAGCCUGGUUAUAAACUUCAAAGUAUCUUCCAGAACAAAUUAAUAAACACAGAUUUGGAACUACUCAAAUAUUGAGUUUUCAUUUUUUUGGGUGAACUAUUCCUUUAACGAACGAGGAAAAAGACAGCGAUGAUAUAAAGCAAGCACCACACCAGUAUUCCAGUGUGCAAUGUGAGCCAGGGCCGUGCUCUUGGGGUUGUUACCCAAAGCCAGCAACUUUUUAAACAUUGACUGGGUGAGAGUCCAUCAGAAUAGGCGAGAGUGAGGCCUCAUGUGUCAGUGUCAGUUCUCCAUUACUAGUUGCAGCCUGUGUAAGCUGUCUAUCACCUUGUCAACCCAUCUCUCCAUUCAGUCAGCACAUCCAUUCUCAAACGUCAGGUGUUUCCUUCCUUUUGCACACAUUCUACCGUGCUUUACCUGCUUUGUUGCACUAGCAUAAUUUCGUAUGACCACCCCUCCCCUCCCAGAUCGUAUGUGUUUCAUUAUUAAACAUUGUAUGCAAUGGUUUUAUAUUUAUUGUAUUACAACAUCAUCAGCCCUGAAAAGCCUGCACCUGCAGUGUGUAAUAGUAUCAAAUCAUAUUUGCACAAAGGGCUAUUGUCAACAGGACCAAGUCACACUGAAGCUGACUGUUCUUCACUUUUGAGAAUUUUUUUGUAGACAUUAAUUUGGUAUGCAGUAUUGUGGAUAUGUACACUACGUUUCAAAGGUUUGAAGGAUUGGUAAGGUUUUUUUUAAUGUUUGAAAAAAGGCUCAUAUGUUUACUAAAGCUGGAUUUAUUUGAUCAUAAAUACUGUAAAUGUCAUGUUACAAAUUAUUAUUAAAUAUUAUUACAAUUUAAAA